CUCCCUGCGCGGCCAGGCUCUUCCUCCCCCGCGGCCCGAUCUCCGGGUGGCAGCGGCUGAGCCCGGAGCGAGCGCGCGGGCGCGGCCGUCCCGUGCCUCCGGGCCAAGCCCGAGAGUCCCACGGUCAUGGUCUGUGCGGUAGCGCGGGGCGCCUGAGCUCGGGACGCGAGCUCCGGAGGCGGCCGGCGUGGGCGCUCCCCAGAGGCCGACGGAAGGUAGGCGAGGCCGGCGGGGCCGGACCACAGGUCUGGCUUGUGAGCUCUACGACCCGCGAGGGGACAGGUGGAGUGGGGACGCCGCUCGGGUUGCUAGGAACCUGGGCUGGCCCGCCCUCCCGCCACACCUCCGCCUCGCAGACCUGCGGCGCCCGGAGCUGAAAGCUGCUACUGUGCCUCGCUCCAGCCGCGGGCAGGAGCCGCCGGAGCGAGCAGAAAGGGUUCUUGUUCUGUGGGUCGAGGCCACCCAGGCAGCCCCAAGAUCCAGAAGCUGAAGGGGAAGCCUGCGUGGGGAGCCCCUGGGUGUCCGCCUGCACCUCUUGGGAGCGCAAAACUGCUUGGAGUCCUAAAAGUGGAGAUUUUAGAAGGUGAGCGCUGUGGGCUAUGGGAUGGAUGAGGUGGAGCAGGACCAACAUGAGGCCCGACUCAAGGAGCUGUUUGACAGUUUUGACACCCUGGGAACUGGGUCUCUGGGUCAAGAGGAGCUCACUGACCUCUGCCAUGUGCUGUGCUUGGAAGAUGUGGGCCCGGUGCUGCAGCAGACACUACUCCAGGACAACCUCUUGGGCAGGGUACAUUUUGACCAAUUUAAAGAAGCAUUAAUACUUAUCUUGUCUAGAACUCUAUCCAGUGAGGAGCACUUUGAGGAGUCAGACUGCUCACCAGAAGUGCAGCCCAAAUAUGUUAGAGGCGGGAAGCGUUACGGACGAAGAUCACUGCCCGAGUUCCAGGAGUCUGGGGAAGAGUUCGCGGAGGUGACAGUGCUUGAGUCACUAGAGGAAGAAGCAAGGCCAUCACACAUCCCAGCUGGCGACUGCAGCGAGCACUGGAAGACGCAACACAGUGAGGAGUAUGAAGCGGAAGGCCAGCUAAGGUUUUGGAACCCAGAUGACCUGAAUGCUUCACAUGGUGGGCCUUGCCCUCCUCCAGACUGGAUAGAAGAGAAACUGCAAGAGGUUUGUGAAGAUCUGGGGAUCACUCGAGACGGUCACCUGAACCGGAAGAAGCUGGUUUCCAUCUGCGAACAGUAUGGAUUACAGAAUGUGGAUGGAGCGAUGCUGGAAGAGGUGUUUCUCAGCCUUGAUCCUGAGGGCACAAUGAGCGUCGAAGACUUUUUCUAUGGUCUGUUUAAGACUGGAAAAUCCCUGACACCAUCAGCACCAUCAGCGUCUACUCCCUACAGACAGCUAAAGCGGCAUCUUUCUAUGCAGUCUUUCGAUGAGAGUGGACGGCGGACCACAACCUCCUCGGCAAUGACAAGCAGCAUUGGCUUCCGGGUCUUCUCCUGCUUGGAUGAUGGGAUGGGCCAGGCAUCUGUGGAGAGGAUACUGGAUUCCUGGCAGGAAGAAGGCAUUGAGAACAGUCAGGAGAUCCUGAAGGCCUUGGAUUUCAGCCUGGAUGGAAACAUCAACCUGACAGAGCUGACGCUGGCUCUGGAGAAUGAGCUUCUGGUCACCAAGAAUGCCAUUCACCAGGCGGCGCUAGCUAGCUUCAAGGCUGAGAUCCGGCAUUUGUUAGAACGAGUUGACCAAGUAGUCAGAGAAAAGGAAAAGCUACGGUCGGACCUGGACAAGGCAGAAAAGCUGAAGUCUCUAAUGGCUUCUGAGGUGGACGAUCACCAUGCAGCCAUUGAGCGGAGGAAUGAAUACAACCUCAGGAAGCUGGAUGAAGAAUACAAGGAGCGCGUAGCAGCCUUAAAGAAUGAACUCCGCCAAGAGAGGGAACAGCUUCUGCAGCAAGUGGGCAGGCAGCGGGUGGAGCUGGAGCAGGAGAUUGAGAAGGCCAAAACAGAAGAGAAUUACAUCCGGGACCGCCUCGCCCUCUCCCUGAAGGAAAACAGUCGCCUGGAGAAUGAGCUUCUGGAAAACGCAGAGAAGUUGACAGAAUACGAGAACCUUACAAACAAACUUCAGCGCAAUUUGGAAAAUGUGUUAGCAGAAAAGUUUGGUGACCUCGAUCCCAGCAGUGCUGAGUUCUUUCUUCAAGAGGAGAGACUGGCGCAGAUGAGAAACGAUUAUGAGCAGCAGUGCAGGCUACUACAAGACCAAGUGGACGAGCUCCAGUCUGAGCUGGAAGAAUAUCAGGCCCAAGGCAGAGUACUCAAACUCCCCUUGAAGAACUCGCUGUCAGAAGAACUCGACGGGCAUGGCGGCAGUAUUGAGCCUGACCACGGGCCUGCUUCUGAAGAAUGCAACCCACUGAAUAUGAGCAUUGAGGCAGAGAUGGUCAUCGAACAGAUGAAGGAGCAGCACCACAGGGACCUGUGUCACCUGAGACUGGAGCUGGAAGACAAAGUACGCCACUAUGAAAAGCAGCUGGAUGACACCAGGGUCGCCUGUGAAAAGGAGCAGGAGGCCAUGAAGAAAAAGUAUGAGGAAGGAACGCACGCCUUGGAGAAGCAAAUGGGUGACCUUCGGAGUGAGAUCGCAGACCUUCAAGGGCAGGCAGCCGUGCUGAGGGAGGCCCACCACAGGGCCAGCGGCAGGCACGAGGAGGAAAAGAAACAACUGCAGGUGGUGUUCGAUGAGGAAAAGGCUCAGCUUCGGGAGGAGCUGCGACUGGAGCAUGAGCAGGAGCUCAGGGCCAGGCUGCAGCAGGCAGAGGAAAGCUUUCGUCAGGAGAGAGAGGAACUCGUGCAGGCUGCGGCCUGGACUGAAGACAAGGCGAGAGGCUUGACUUGGGACCUGGAGCAGUCGCACCAGGAGCAGCUGCUGAGCCUGGUGGAGAAGCACGCUCUGGAGAAAGAAGAGCUGAGGAAGGAGCUCUCGGAAUAUCACCAAAGGGAGCUCCAGGAGGGAAGGGAAGAAAUGGAAACAGAGUACACUAGAAGAGUCUCUCAGAUAGAAGCCCAGUUUCAGGCUGACUGUGAGAAAGCCAGUGAGCGCUGUGAGCAGACUCUGCAGAGCCUGGAGGGUCGCUACCGCCAGGAGCUGAAGGAACUCCUGGACCAGCACGUGGAGGAGAGGGCGCAGUGGGAGUUCGAGAAGGACGAGCUCACUCAGGAGUGCACAGAGGCCCAGGAGCAGCUGAAGCAGGCGCUCCAGAGGGAGAAGGCAGCCGCCCUGGCCGUGAACCAGGAACAGGAGAUGCUGAAGACGUACAAGGAACGUGUGGAUAUCCUGAGCACGGAAAGAGAGCAGCUGUUGCAAGACCUGAAAGACCUACAGAAGGCCUCUGAGAGCCAGCACAGCCUCCUGUCUGACCAGCUACUUGAGUUGAAGAGAAAUCAGGAGAGAGAACUGAGGCAGCGAGGGCAGGUGCUAUGCCAGACCGGGGUCUCUGAGCAGCUGGCCAGCCAGCAGCUUGAAAGGCUCCAGGUAGAGCAUGAGCAAGAGAGGCGAGACAUGGCGGGCAAGCUUGCCGCCCUGGAGAGCGCCUACAGAGCGAGCUGUGAGAGAGCAGAUCAAGAGAAGGCGGAGAUGAGCGCAGAAAUCCGCAGGCUUCAGGAUGCAGUCAAGGACAUGCAGCAGACAGCAUCUCUCUUGGUGCCUCAGGGCGGCUGCCAGGCAGCCGUCGGGGAGGAGGCAGAUGAAGCCAUGUCCCUGCUUCAGCAAGGGGAACAGCUGUUGGAGGAAAAUGGAGAUGUCCUCAUCAGCCUGCAGAGAGCGCACGAGCGCGCGGUGAAGGAAAAUGCAAAAAUGGCCACUGAAAUUUCUAGAUUGCAGCAGAGGCUGAAGAAGUUAGAGCCAGGAGCAGUGAUCUCAUCCUGUUUGGACGAGCGGAUGUCUGAGAUUUCGGGAAAUUCCAGGGAACAAGCAGAACCAGUAAUGAAACAAGGUACAGCCACCGAGCACUUCCUGGGUGACCUAGGAGACCAUGACACCCAGGACCUGGGAAGUACAGGGACGAGCUCUGUUCAGAGGCAGGAGUGCAAAACCGAGGCAUCAGAAGCUUCCCUGGAAUGCUUUUCUGAGCUCGAAAACAGCGAAGACACCAGGACCGAAUCCUGGGACCCGAAGAGUCAGAUCAUCCGGCUUCAGGAGCAACUCACAGUCUUGCGUGCAGACUGCGAUAGGGCUUCUGAGAGGAAACAGGACCUGCUUUUUGAUAUUUCCAUGCUGAAAAAGAAACUAAAGAUGCUGGAGAGGCUCCCCGAGGCGUCCUCCAAGUAUAAGGUGUUAUACGAGGAUGCCGCCCGAGAAAACGCCUGCCUUCAGGAGGAGCUGAGACUCACAGAGGCGCGCCACGAGGAGUCUCUGCACAGCAACAAGGAGCUCACCGCUCAAGUCUACAGGCUGCAAGAUGAGGUGAGGAAAAUGGAGGAGGUGAUGGAGACGGUCCUCAGCCUGGAGAAGAGUUACGAUGAGGUCAGACUGGAAAAGGAGGAGCUCGGUGCUCUGGAGACGGAGAAGGUGCUGGAAAGGGCCGCCCUGCCGGGUGACAGCUACUCCCUGUGGGGAGCUCCUUCAGGAAACCCGGAGGUCACCUCUGAUGAAAAGAUGCUCAGACUCCAUCAGGCUCCAGAAGAGUGUACACCCAAGCUCAUGAGCAUGCGCCACGUCAUAGAAGAGUGUAGACAAGAAACCCGGUGCUGUGAGCAGGGUAGCACGCGGCUCCUAGCUAGAAUAAAAGCGCAUGAAGUUGCCUGGAUCCGCAGACCGAUUCAGGCACGGCACGAGAAGCCGAGCGAGCAGAAUGGAGUGAUCCCGAAGGGAAGUGCUGCUCUCCUAGGCCUUCAAGACACAAGUCUUCGCCAUGAGGCCACAAUCGCAGAGUUAGAACUGGAAAAGCAAAAGCUACAGGAGCUGACUAGAAAUUUGAGGGAGCAAGUCACGACAUUAGUUAAGCAGAAAGAUUUCCCUUCUCAAGGAGAGAAGGAGGAAGAGCUGAAGGCCAUGAUGCACGACUUGCAGAUCACGUGCGGUGAGAUGCAGCGGAAGGUUGAGCUUCUGAGAUAUGAAUCUGAAAAGCUUCAGGAGGAAAAUUCUAUUUUGAGGAAUGAAAUUACUACUUUAAAUGAGGAAGACAGCGUCUCUAACCUGAGACUGGAGGAAUUAAGCGGAUCUCGGGAAGAACUGUGGCAGAAAAUAGAAACCAUAGAAGAGGAAAAGGCUUCAAUUCAGAAGAUGGUUGAAAAGUUAAAGAAACAGGUUUCAGAUUUAAAAAUCAAAAACCAACAGUUGGAUUCAGAAAAUAUAAAACUCAGCCAAAAGAACUCCCAAAACAAGGAAGAACUGAAAACCCUUAAUCAACGUCUGGCAGAAAUGCUCUACCAGAAGGAGGAGCCAGGAACUCGCACCUCUGAGAAAUGGGAACAAGAAAAUGCAAGCCUCAGAGAAGAACUGGAUCUCUGCAAAGUGCAGACGUCCACCUUGGUGUCUUCUCUGGAGGCAGAACUUUCUGAAGUUAAACUGCAGACUCACAUAGUGGAGCAGGAAAACCUCCUUCUCAAAGAUGAACUGGAGAGACUAAAGCAGCUGCACAGAUGUCCUGACCUCUCUGACUUCCAGCAGAAAAUGUCUAGCAUUCUAAGCCUCAAUGAAAAACUGCUGAAGGAAAAAGAAGUUCUGAGUGAAGAGUUGAAGAGCUGUGCAGACAAGCUGGCAGAAUCAAGCCUCUUAGAGCACAGAAUCGCUACAAUGAAGCAGGAGCAGGAAGCCUGGGAAGAGCAGAGCCAGAGCCUGAAGUCCCAGCUGGUGGUAUCCCAGGAAAAGGUUCAGAAUUUAGAGGAUAUCCUGCAGAAUGUAAACCUUCAGAUGGCCCAGAUUGAAUCAGAUCUCCAAGUGACUCAGCAAGAGAAGGAGGCUCUAAAGCAGGAAGUGAUGUCAUUACAGAGACAGCUUCAGAAUGCCACCAGCAAGGACUGGAUCUCAGAAACAGCUCCCCAUCUCUCAGGGCUCCAGGGCCAGCAGAAAAGGCUGUCCUGGGACAAACUGGAUCAUCUGAUGAAUGAGGAACCACAGCUGCUUUGUCAAGAAAGCAAGAGACUCCAGACUGUGGUACAGAACACACAAGCAGACCUCACACACUCCCGGGAUAAGGUCCGUCAACUGGAAUCCAACCUUCUUCCCACCAAGCACCAAAAACAACUCAACCCAUCAUGUACUGUGAAGUCCAUAGAAGAAGAAAUUUUGACCUUAAAGAGAGAAUGUGAACAGAAUAGUUCUCAGAAAGAACGGCAUUCUACUGUUAGGAAGGUCAGUCAGAUGAGUUCCCUUGAGCGAGAAUUAGAAACAAUCCAUUUGGAAAAUGAAGGUUUGAAGAAGAAACAGGUGAGACUGGACGAGACGCUAAUGGAGAUGCAGCCCCUGAGGUCCACUGUGACGCGUAGCCCACCUUCUCCCUGGGAUCUGCAGUUGCUGCAGCAGCAAGCCUGCCCGACGGUGCCCAGGGAGCAGUUUCUGCAGCUUCAGCAGCAGCUGCUGCAGGCGGAAAAGAGAAGCCAGCACCUGCAGGAGGAGCUUGACAACAGGGCCUCUGAAAACAACACGCCACAGGGAAGCCAGGAACACCUUGUAACUCUCAUGGAAGAACGAAUGAUAGAAGUUGAGCAAAAACUAAAGCUGGUGAAAAGGCUUCUUCAAGAGAAAGUGAAUCAGCUCAAAGAACAACUCUGCAAGAAUACAGAAACAGACGCCAUGGUGAAGGGUUUGUAUGUUGAAAACGCCCAGUUGUUGAAAGCUCUGGAGGUGACUGAACAGCGACAGAAGACCGCAGAGAAGAAAAACUUCCUCCUAGAGGAGAAGAUUGCCAGCCUCAGCACCAUUGUCAGGAACCUGGCACCAGCACCACGGACGUCUAUGCCUCCUCUGAGGUCAUAGCCAGCCCAAAGGAUGCGUACCAAAGGAUGCGCUUGCAUUUGUGCACUUUACCGACACUAUUGGAACGUGGUAAUAGGUCCUCUGAACCCUCUAACUAAAAAACUUUCCAUGGCUUAAAAUCCAGCCAAUCCGAAGUCUGCCAGCAACAGAAUUGGAGGCUCCAAAUGGGUGCUUACUGGAAUUCCACAAAUCACUGUUUAAAUUACUCAUAAGCACUGAACUUGUAAAGUAUGUUCUGGAUAACUACCAAGAAUGAAAUUAACUUAAUCUUAAAAUCCUAGUUUUUUAAUGUUUUUCAACUGCUAUUAUCUGUGUAUGCAAUCCAGGUUCCUUUUAUGUUUGGUAUCUAACUAGAGUGGUUAUUAUUAUAAUUUUUUAAAACAUUUAAGUACUGAAAUCAUUCUGCUUACAAUACUUUGGUCUCUUUGAAUUAAUCGGCUGGCUGCAGUUCUGUUCAGAGAAGGCUUGGCCAGUAGCGAGCCACCGAGGUCAGUGACGUCCGAGUUCUGUAAACUCUGGUUUCUGAUGCCAGUUCUUGCUACUCUUGCUGGAUAACAGAUUCAGAACUUACUCGGCUGCACUCUUGGCUAAGGGUGAAGUUUCACUUUCUUUAAACAGCUCUUUCUCCUCCUCCUAAGAUUUUGUUUGGGAUCUUGUCUUCUAAAACUUGUUAAAACUGUGCUCUUAACAUUACUGAAGCAUAGGAAGACCACUGACAGAGCAACCACUUUGGAGUGAAGCCGCUCUUGGAAGAAGGCCACAUGGAGUAUGGCGGGUGUACUUUCAUCUCCCCCAAGCCUUGGCAUUCAUGGACACACCUUUGAGUUUGCAUCAAAAGCUCAGGGAAAGAUGCUUAAACUGUCUUCCUGAACUACUUGCUGUCCAGCCUAAGAACUGUGUACUGACACCAUUCUGCUUACAAUACUUUAGUCUCUUUGAAUUAAUCGGCUGACUGCAGUUCUGUUCAGAGAAGGCUUGGCCAGAGAUGUGUAAACCACACAACCUUUUGGUCUUAUAUAUUAACAGCCAUAGACUUUUUACUUCUAUAUUUUAGUGCACUUAAUUAUCUGAAAAGGCCUUGACUGUAGAGUUAAAAAAUCUCGCCUACUUAUGAAGAGCUUUUACUGUUUGUUUAAUAUAGGUCAAGAUUUCCAUGCUUCUGACCUUUUGAUACCUCAUAUCUGAACUUAUGAAUCUCAUACUGUGGAGAACAUUGGCAUGCUAUCAGGGAUAAAUGAGAGACAUUAGAGAGUCUCACUUUAUAAGAGGUACAAGAGAAAAGUAAAUCGUUGUGUUUGGGAAGGGACACGUCCAACAGGCUGAGAGUCACACAAUGUGAGGGAAUGCUGAGCCAUUUCCAUCAUGGCUCUGGGUUUCUUUGGGGCCCAACUCUCCAGUCCCAGCAGCACAGAGCCAAGUGUGACACAGCUGCACACUAUCUGUGUCCCAGGAGCUCACACUGGAUUUGCACUACUGUGCCUAUCAGAAAGUUCUGAUUUCCCACUGGGGAAAGAAUUAAUCCUUCCCUAUAAUUAUACAACUAAAUAUUUGACCUCUGGUAUUUGCAGCCUCUAAAUCUUUCUACUCAGCUACUUGUAUGGCAUUAGCUUUAGCAGAAAAUUGUGGAUAGGCCUAGGCUGAGAUGGGAGGUAAGCUAAGUCUGUCUGAAGUACUUCUGUGAGAUGCUUCAGCUUCUGAAGGUUAAUGCCACUGGAACUGAACAGUAAGCACAGCUGGCCAACAGCUGGCUGGCGUGGGGCCAUGUUUGUUGUGCUUCUUAAUGUUAUGAAAAGUGUAGGUUAGUGUUUCUUAUAAAUUUGUAUUUAUGUGUACAUAAAGUGUUGUACAAUGACUGUAAAUAUGAUUUUUUUAAAAGAUUUAGAGUUCAUUUAGAAUUAUUUCACCCAAAAUCAAAAUGCUACUUUAAUAAAAUGUUAAUUUCUUGCUUUAUCCCACUUACUAAGUAGGGGGGAAGAUCAAUAUGAGAAGUGUCUAUAGAUAUCUUAAACUUAUACAUCCAUGCAGCAGUUUAUUUGUAGAGACAUUUUGGAGUGGGAGUUUAACUGCCCAUGUAGAAUAUACCUUGAAGCUUUAAAAGUAUCAAAUGUAAAAUCCUAGAAUUAGUGUUGAUUCGACUCUCAGACUUUCUUUCCUGUGGUUCUCUCCAAAAUCACAGGUUAUGUGUUUUAUGACCAUAGCUACUUUUCUUUUUUUUAAGCACUGUUUUUAGACUCUUAAGACAUUGCUGGAAAGACCUCCAUUGCCCUGUUUGUUGACUUCUAGUUUUUAAAAGCCUUACUCUUUUGUUUCCCCUAAGGGGAGAAAGGAUUUAUUUUAUCUAAAGGUCUUUAAAGUAAGUUUGUGAGGGGAGAGAUGUCUGUGUGGUUUAGGAUGAAGCACAGUAUUUUCAUUUUUUUUUAAACUCUAAUUCCAUCUAAGCCAUUUUUUAAAUGUGAAUCCCUCCUUGAAACUGCAAUGUGCUAUUUGUACAUUUGACUAUCAGCAUGUUUUAUAUAAACAGAUCGUGAAAUCAUAAACUUUAUGGUAUAGGAAGACAUCUUACAGGUCUAGCACUUCAGUGAUAAAUCAAUAUUCAGGGAAGGUAUUAUUUUGAGAAACUUUUUUAAAGAAAUACUAAGGCUUCUUGGGAAACUUUGUAACAUGUGGAAAAUAAAUUUGUGAUUUCCCCUUUUACUUAACUGUGUAAAGAAAAAGAAAACACUGCUGUUGUCAGCAUCUUUUAAAGGUAUUCGCAGUCACAGAAGUCUGAGUACAGUGUUAAUCGAGUCCUGCUCUGCGUGGAUUGCCCACAGUUGUAUAGCAUUCCCGUGAUUCAUUAAGCAAAGCCAAAAACCAGGUCAAAGCCUAAGAACCAAAGCACUCACUGGAAAGUCUGUCAGGAGAACGUGGCCACCCCACGUGAACAUCUUAACACUGUGAAGACUCUGUUUCAGACAUCUGGACAGCUAUUUAAUAGCAAAUUAAAGAUGUGCUUUUUCCUUUUUAAUUUUUGGAUGAUGCAAGGUAAGUUUAUUCUCAUUGUGAGAACAUUACCAUAACAAGACUUAAAGGAAUAUUGGUUAAAAACAAAACAAACCAAUUAAAACCCAAAAGUAAACCAAAAUUAACUUGAGUUAAUCUAAAACCCACACUAGAAUUGUUUUCUUCUGCUCAAGAUUAAUGUGAAUAUGUUUAUAUUGGUUUUGUAAUUUCAUUUUAGUCAUUCUAUCCCAGAAGGAGUUUAAUGUGAGCUUAAAAUGUAAAUAAACAAUUUUGCAAACAUG